UUCAACACGCCGUCGUACACAAUCUCGUAUUCCAGAACCAUUUCUAACUUGUUAGGACUAUCGGCAUAUUGUUUGGUGGGUACCAUCCCGUUAGAAUUAAUUAGACUUAGUUGAGGGGAAUUGAAUCUGUCAGUGCCGUCAGUGUUUUGAAAAUGUUUAUGCUCAGAAAGUUCAUCAAGAAUCGGCCGACAAGCCGUUUCGGUUUGACCAACCAACGGGACCUCAAUGUUGCUAUUAUCGGCCAGAGUACUUUCGCGGCUGAAGUCUAUAAAUUACUUAUAAAAAAUGGUCACCGUGUGGUCGGUGUGUUCACCAUAUUGGACAAGGGCAACAGACAAGAUCCAUUGGCUGCUAUUGCAUCAGAAAAUAGUACUCCUGUAUUUAAAAUCAAAUCGUGGCGUAAAGGUGAACAAGCCUUGCCCGAAAUUGUAGCUCAGUACAAACAAGUUGAUGCUGAACUCAACGUACUACCAUUCUGUUCACAAUUUAUUCCAAUGGAAGUUAUUGAACAUCCAAAACAUAAAAGCAUAUGUUAUCAUCCUUCAAUUUUACCUAAACAUAGAGGAGUUAGCGCUAUAAAUUGGACAUUAAUAAAUGGAGACAAAGAAGCUGGAUUUUCUAUAUUUUGGGCUGAUGACGGGCUUGAUACAGGUCCAAUAUUAUCACAAAAAUCAUGUCCAGUCUUGCCAGAUGAUACUGUUGAUUCGGUGUAUAAUAGAUUUUUAUAUCCAGAAGGCAUCAAGAGUAUGGCUGAAGCCGUUGAUAUGGUUGCUAAUGGAACUGCUCCAGUUAUACCACAAUCAACAGAAGGUGUUUCAUUUGAACCAUCAGUUAGAAAAAAGUCACUUCAAAAAAUAGAUUGGAACAAAAACGGCAAAGAUAUUCAUAACUUCAUUAGAGGAUUAGACAGUUCACCUGGUGCUUGGACUAUUAUAGAUAACACUGAAGUUAAGUUAUAUAAAUCAGCCAUUUGGUCUAAUGAUACACCAACAGGUGAUCUAAUAACUGUUGAUACGCUCCAAAACCCAGCUGUUGUUCAUGAUAAUGGUCUAUUGAUUACCUGUAAUGAUGGUUUAAAACUGAACAUAAAUAGGUUGUCUGUAGAUGGAAAAAUGAUGGCUGCAUCAAUGUAUGGUAAAGCUGACACCAUUCAAGAAACAAUUGAAUUCACAGCUGAGGAGAAAGCGCUUAUCCCAAUUGUUGAGACUAUCUGGAAAAAUAUUCUUAAUAUGGGUAUUGAAAAUAAUACACAUUUUUUCCAAUCCGGAGCUGGUUCUAUGGAUGUAGUCAGAUUAAUUGAAGAGAUCAAAGAUAAAUUGAAAUUGACUAUAAAAAAUGAUGAUGUAUUCAUGUCUCCCAUUUUCUCAGAUUUCUGUAACACCUUGAUUAAGAGGUCAAGAGGUACUUCUGAUGAAAAGAAGCAUGUAGAAUAUGAUCCAGUUGUAAUUGAAGUUAACAAUAUGAAAUUACAGUUUGCCAAACAAUUAUUCAUUAAUGGUCAAUUUAUAGAUUCAGAAUCUGGAAACACGGUAGAGUGUAUCAAUCCUGCUGACGAAUCUGUCAUUUGUUCUAUUCAAUGUGCAUCUGAAGUUGAUGUGAAUCAAGCCGUUAAUGCUGCUAGUAAAGCUUUUGAAGGAGAAUGGACUGAAAUGAGUCCUAGAGAUCGUGGAGCUAUUAUGUAUAAAAUCGCUGAUUUAUUAGAUAAACACAGAGAAGAAUUAGCAACAAUAGAAUCCAUUGAUUCUGGUGCAGUAUAUACAUUAGCAUUGAAAACUCAUAUUGGUAUGUCAAUUGAUGUUUGGAAAUAUUUUGCUGGCUGGGCAGAUAAAAUACAUGGACAAACAGUUCCUAUAUCACAUGCUAGACCUAAUAGAAAUUUAACAUUUACAAAAAAAGAACCAAUUGGUGUCUGUGGUAUCAUCACACCAUGGAAUUAUCCAUUAAUGAUGUUAUCCUGGAAGAUGGCUGCAUGUUUAGCUGCAGGCAAUACUGUGGUAUUGAAGCCAACAGAAAUGUCUCCACUCACUGCUUUAAAGUUUGCAGAACUAUCUGUUGAAGCUGGUUUUCCAUCUGGUGUGAUAAAUAUUUUACCUGGACUUGGUACCGUGACUGGUAGAGCAAUAGCUGAGCAUCCUGAUAUAAGAAAAGUAGGAUUCACAGGAAGCACUGCAACAGGUCAUAUGAUCAUGAAAGCAUCAUCAGAAUCAAACUUAAAAAAAGUUUCAUUAGAACUUGGUGGGAAAUCCCCACUGAUUAUAUUUGAUGACUGCGACUUGGAGAAAUCUGUUCGAAUGAGUAUGGGAGGAGUGUUUUUCAACAAAGGAGAGAAUUGUAUAGCUGCAGGUAGAGUGUUUGUGGAAUCCAGCAUACAUGACAAGUUUGUCGAUAAAGUUGUUGAAGAAGUUAAAAAAAUUAAAAUUGGAAAUCCAUUAGAACGAGACACUCAUCAUGGACCCCAAAAUCAUAAAACCCAUUUGGAAAAACUAUUGAACUACUGCCAAAAAGCAAAUAAUGAAGGAGCCGAACUGAAAAUUGGAGGAAAACGAGUUGAUCGACCUGGAUACUAUUUUGAGCCAACUGUGUAUACAGGUGUCGAGGACCACAUGUUUAUUGCACAAGAAGAAUCAUUUGGACCAAUCAUGGCUAUAUCUAAAUUUAGUGGCAGCAACCUGGAUGCAGUCAUUAAGAGGGCCAAUUCAACAGAAUAUGGUCUGUCUUCAGGUAUAUUCACAAAGGAUAUUAGCAAAGCUUUAAGAUUUGCUGAAAAAAUUGAUGCUGGUACUGUAUUUAUAAACACUUACAAUAAAACUGAUGUGGCAGCUCCAUUUGGAGGUUUUAAGAAGUCUGGAUUUGGUAAAGACUUAGGUGAAGAAGCUUUAAAUGAGUAUUUAAAAACAAAAUGCAUAACAGUGGAAUAUUAAAUAAUAAUGGUGCUCAAACACGAUUACUAAUAACCAUUCUGGUUAAAUACUAAUUAACUUACACCUCGAUUUAUGUCACCUAUGCAAGUCCAUGGAACAGAACUCUUACCAGAUAUAACCCAUUUUGAAUGAUCC